CUUCCACUGCACCAUGGUGGGGGGAUGUUGACUUUUUUUUUAACCACACUUUGCAGACACCCCUGAGCCUAGGGGUCCCCCAAAGCAGCUAGCCUGCAAAAAAAAACAAGUUUCAAAUCAAAGAAUGGGGGCUGUCAUCUCUAGCAGAAGAGAAAUAAAGAGUUGGGCCAAGGUAGGAGGCUGCCAUAAUUAGAAACAGCCCAUAAUUUCCCUGCUGGGCAUCGAGAGCAUUCCAUCUCCCUUAUCCAGCUGGCUCACUCGUCUGCACAGCCUUCCUUUUUCGCUUCAUGGACUGUCCAAGUCCUGUUUGAAGCUGGUCCACCAUGCCCUUAGUAACAAGAAAUAUUGAGCCAAGGCACCUGUGCCGCCAGACAUUGCCCAGUGCUCGGAAUGAGCUGGAAUGUGUGACCAACAUCACCCUGGCAAAUAUCAUUCGACAGCUGGGCAGCUUGAGUAAGUCUGCAGAGGACAUAUUCGGAGAGAUAUUUACACAAGCAAACACAUUUGGCUUUCGAGUGAGCUCUUUAGCUGAGAGAGUUGAUCGCCUUCAGGUGAAAGUUACUCAGUUGGAUCCCAAGGAGGAAGAAGUGUCCUUGCAAGGUAUUAACACCAGGAAAGCCUUCAAGAGCUCCACAACUCAGGACCAAAAGCUGUUUGAAAGAGACUCUGCCCCUGUGCCUGUCCUUGAAACAUACAGCACUUGUAACACGCCACCACCUCUUAACAUUCUGUCCUCAUACAGGGAUGAUGGCAAGGAAGCACUUAAAUUCUACACAGACCCAUCAUAUUUCUUUGAUCUUUGGAAGGAGAAAAUGCUGCAGGACACCAAGGAUAUAAUGAAAGAGAAGCGAAAGCAUAGGAAAGAAAAGAAAGAUAAUCCUAAUAGAGGAAAUGUGAAUCCUCGGAAGAUAAAAAGCCGAAAAGAAGAAUGGGAAAAAAUGAAAAUGGGUCAAGAGUUUGUCGAUUCAAGGGAAAAACAUGGACCAGGAGGGUACCCUCCUAAUAUGGUGUAUCAGAAUGGUAGCAUUGGCUCCAAUGAGAGUGUUGAUGCCACCUACUACCCACCUCCUCCACAGCCAGAUUCAAUUUCAUCAUCACCUCCUUCAUUUACAGAUGAUAAUCUUCCACCGCCACCAGCAGAAUUUAGCUAUCCGCCACAUAGUCAGAGUGUUUCUGGAGGGCUGAAGAAAUCCAUCCUGGUCAGUCCCAGCCAUCCUCCACCAGCUCCUCCUAUUGGGUCACCACCAGGAACCAGACCUGGCUUUGCACCACCUCCUGCUCCACCACCUCCACCACCAAUGGUGGGAGUUCCUCCACCACCUCCACUUGCAGGCUUUCCAGCUCUUGGCAUGCCUCCUCCACCAUCUCCCCCGUCCUUCCCACCUCAUCCUGAUUUUGCUGCCCCUCCACCCCCUCCACCUCCAGCAGUAGAAUAUGCAGUUGCACCAUCUCCCCUGCUACCACAGCCAACAAGUGGAGUGCCACCCCCUCCCCCUCCUCCCCCUCCCCCUGGCCCACCUCCUUUAUCUUUUGGUGGCAUGGAUAUUCCAGAGGCUUCUAUUCCACAACCAGAUUUGGUGCCCUCCAAGUCAAAAUCCUCAUUGCCUGCUGUUAGUGAAGCUAGGAGUGACUUACUUUCUGCUAUUCGUCAAGGAUUCCAGCUCCGUAAAGUUGAAGAACAGCGUGAACAAGAGAAGCGAGACGUUGUGGGCAAUGAUGUGGCAACUAUACUCUCACGCCGCAUUGCAGUAGAAUACAGCGAUUCAGAGGAUGAUUCAUCAGAGUUUGAUGAAGACGAGUGGUCUGAUUAAGCCCUGCGCAUCCCCAAUAUGGGGGGGAUAAGAUGGAGAGAAAUACCCAUCACUUCCCAGAAUGCCAAACUUUUUUUGUUUUCCUCUUUCAUCCAGUAACCAAAGAUCAAUUUUCCAGGCUUCCAAAUAACUGCUUUCCCCCCCUCAAUUGAUGGGACUUAUACAUCCUUCUAAGAAAGAAGGGAAAUGUACCCUAGAUUUCCAGACUCUCAGGUUACUAUGGAAAAAUAUAUAUUGUUAAAAAUUUUCUUUGGUUUAGGACUAAAUUUGCAACUCCUGGUGCAAUCAGAAAGUGUUGCUUAAGAUGACAGCCAUAUUGUAGAGCAACAAACUUGCAGGUAAUACUAAUUUCCUUUGCAACAGUAUGUGAGGCAUUGGAAACACUAUAGUAAGCUGGUGAUUCACCUUCUUAUCCAUCAAAUAGGAUAUAAUUUUAAAUUUCUACUCUCACCAACCUUAACAAUAGUUUCUUUAUGCUAAAUUUGGAAUUUAUUAAUUUAGGUUGAAGUUUAAGAACACUGUACUAUGUGCACAACAGUUAGGAUCUUCUAAAAAUUUAUCUCUCCCCCAUAUGCCUGUUAAAUGGUAAAAUGAGCCAAGGAACAAGGAUCCUUUCUGUUUGACCCAUAGUACCAGCUAGUUUUCAUCAUGAUGAUGGAAUUUGAUAUUUGCAAAAUUAGGAAGAAUUUCCUUCCAUGUGUCUUGAACACAGAGCUUUAAGCACUGGGUGUGGCCUUGUUUUGCAAUCAGAAGACUUGCAGAUUCUCAGUUCAGUAGAAGGCCAUAUAUGAAUCAAAUUUGCUGUAAGUGCUUUUUUGAAAACAAUAAAACAAAUUGUGCUAAAAGCUGAGAUGUGAUGAAACCAAGACAGUGGCCCUUCUCUAGACACCACAUGGGAGUUUUGAGGUGUCUGUUUAUGGACCAACUUGGCCAUAUGUAAUAUACGCCUAGACUGUCUUAUUAUUUUGCUUUAAUCCUUCAAAAAUUACCAUGGAGA